AUGUCGCUCAUCUCUGCGCACCUCGAACAAAUUGGCUAUUCCUGCCAGGGAAUUGACUCUCUACCGUUCCCCCCUCCUAAGAUCUUCACCAACGCCCUCCUCUCAAAUCAUGACAUCACAUCUCUCAUCCGUGAUACGGAACCGCACGAACGCGCCCUUUUCUCCGUCCCACCACCUCCACCCUCAACAACUCUCAAACCCACAGAGCCAGAGAAGAAAAAGUCCUCGGGUCGACGACAAACUGUCUUUAAUGUAGCCUCGGGCGAAGUCACUACAGGACCUCCACCCCGCACUGGCACCCAUCCUCGACGACAAACGGCCGUAGCAGCUGUCUUGGGCGGUCAAAUGCAUGAAGAACUACGGCGCGGAGAAUCAGAUCGAAAAGGCGAUGUCGAUGUAAAUGUCCUUUUGCGCGGCGCAGAAAAGCUCUGUGGUGUAUACGAACUCCCCGGAGCGAGGGAGCGCAUCGCUGCGUUGAGGAGUAAACAUGCACAUGGGAAGAACACAGCGGCAUAUUACGAAGCGCGCGUCGCGGAGCAGGCAGAACAGUUGGCGAGUCUAGAUCACAGAGAGUGGUAUGAUGAGGAAGAAGAGGAAGAAGAAGAGGGUGAAGUUUGGACGGAGGAUGACUUGAGACGGGAGGAGGAGGCGGCGAAGGAGAUGGAGGUUAAGAAGAGGGAGUUGCAGGUGAGGCUGAGGCAGAUGGAGAAGGAUCUUGGUGAUUUGAUGAGAAUGUGA